UACGGCGGAAGUGGAAUCUGCCCGCCGCACUUCCUUGACACGCAUCAGCCGGUCAUUCAACCAGCUCUGUACCGGACUCCCAGGGGUCGAUGGUCAAACAUUGAGUGCAGCUCUCUCUUAUCCGUACGGUUUAUGAUUGUGGCUUUGCUGCACAGGCUGAAGAAGCUUCCACGCGCUGUGCACGGGUGGAGUGUGAUGAUGAAGCCGCAGGUCCUGUUUGUUUUGGGCGGGCCUGGCGCGGGGAAAGGGACACAAUGCGCGAGAAUCGUGGCGAACUACAGCUACACUCACCUGUCUGCCGGAGACCUGCUGAGAGAGGAGCGCAGCCGCAGCGGCUCUGAGUUUGGUCAGCUCAUUGACACCUACAUCAAAGAGGGCAAGAUAGUUCCUGUUGAAAUCACCAUCAACUUGCUGAAAAAGGCAAUGGAAGAGACCAUGAAAGCGGAUGAAAAGAAGUUCCGCUUUCUUAUCGAUGGUUUCCCACGUAACCAAGACAACCUGCAGGGAUGGAACACUGUCAUGGACGGAAAGGCAGAUGUCAAGUUUGUUCUUUUCUUUGACUGCGGCAAUGAGGUGUGCAUUGACAGAUGUUUAGAGCGGGGCAAGAGCAGCGGACGCACUGAUGAUAACAGAGAAAGUCUAGAGAAAAGGAUCCAGACGUACCUCCAGUCCACACGGCCCAUUAUAGAGCAGUACGAGAAGCAGGGGAAGGUGUGCACGAUUGAUGCCUCCCGAUCAAUGGAUGAGGUGUUUGCGGAUGUGAAGAACAUUCUGGAUAAAGAAAGCUAAACAUCCACAGCAA